GAUAACAACACUGUAGGACACAUCUAUCAGGUGACUGUGUGUGUGUUUGUGUGUGUCAAGGUUAUGGUCAGAGUCUAGAAUAAAUAUAACACGAUGAUAAAAUAGGAGUAGUAUAAUUACACACAAGCACAGCAAACACUACAAGCAGAAAUGUUGGAUGUAUUUUUUGGUAUGGAUCCUCUGAUUGUCGCCCUUGGCAUAUUAGGUUUGCUGUUUCUCCUAAAACUGCUGUAUGUCCCCAGCAACAGUCCUCCUGGACCUACCGGGUAUCCACUGGUGGGGAACUUUCCACUCUUUAUGUCUGGAAGCAAAACGAAAUUAUUUAAGCGGCUACGACAGACAUAUGGAGACGUGUUUAGUUUGCGGUUAGGUAGUAAACGAAUGGUGGUCAUCAACGGUUACAAGGCUCUGAAGGAGGCGUUUGUAAAGAAUGCUGAUGUGUUCUCAGAGAGGCCCCCGGACGUGUACACCUCCAAACGGACGAGUAAUGGCAAAGGUAUGGUCGAUAAUUCCGGGGAGACUUGGAAACAGACGCGGGCAUUUUCACUGCGUGCUAUGAAAGAUUUUGGUUUCGGAAAACGAUCUAUGGAAUCUAGGAUUCUGGAAGAGGUAUCCGUUUUUCUUGAAGUUUUGGAGAAAUCAUCUGGAGACGCUUUUGCAUUGGGAACGACCGCGCAGAUCAGUGUUUCGAACAUCAUAUGUAGCAUUUCCUUUGGUGAGAGAUAUGCACAUGAUGACGAGAUAUUCAAAACAUUAAUGCUGACGAUUGAUAACAUUGUUGAUGCGCUUUCCAAAGCUGCCAUCACAAAUUUCUUCCCAAUUCUACGAUAUUUUCCUGAUAAGUUGACUGGUGUUGAGGCGCUGAGUACGAAUUACCGAACUGUAAGAAGAUUCAUGCAAGAGCAGAUUGACAAACACCGGGCUACAUUUCAAAGGGACAAUAUCAGAGACUUUAUCGAUACCGUCAUAAAAGAACAAAUCGCUAAUGGCAAGACAGGGGUCUUGGAUGAUGAAAAUGUGGCGAUUGUGUUGUACAAUAUGUUUGUUGCUGGGACAGAGACAACAGCCACUACCAUUAAGUGGGCGAUUUUGUUUCUCAUUCACUUUCCAAACGUGCAGACCAAAUUACGUGACGAGGUUGAUGAUGUCAUUGGACCUUCACGAGCUCCGUCAAUGGAUGACAAAGCAGAAAUGCCAUACACUGAUGCAUUCAUCCAUGAGACUUUGAGGAUGAGUAACUUAGUCCCAUAUUCUCUGUUACAUGGAGUCAAAUGCAACACCACAUUUCAAGGGUACACAUUGCGUACUGACGACUAUAUAGUCCCUAACCUUGAAUCCGCUUCGUUCGACGAAUCCCUGUUUAUGGACCCUCAUACAUUCAACCCAGACAGAUUCAUCGGUGAAGACGGGAAACUCAACGGAAAAGAGCACUAUGUUCUCACAUUUUCGUUAGGAAGAAGAGUAUGCUUUGGUGAAAGUUUAGCAAGGAUGGAACUCUUCUUGUUCCUCACUUCAUUGGUGCAGCGAUUCAAUCUUCUCCCAGAAGAUGAUGUCAACCUACCUUCGCUGGAAUCGGUACCAGGCGUAGUUAAUCAUCCCCGAGAGUUCAAGUUCAGGGCUGUAAAGAUAAAAUAAGCAUGCAUCCAUAUAUACAAAUCAGUCAGAUAAUUAUAUCAUCACCAUACCAGCAAACAAUUAGGCAUGCUUUCGUUCUUUGUGUAAUGCGCUGUUAAAGAUUAAAGGUUAUACAUUAAUAAUGCUCUUUCAGUCAGUUUGGGUUGUUCAAUCUUAUUGAUAUGAUGUUUUGAGUUAAGGACUAAGACGGGUUCUUUAUUUUGAAAGAUGAUAAUAAUUUCAGAUAAUCAUACUACAUGUAUUUUAUAUUUCUUUGAAAUGUAACUAAAUUGAACAUAUUUCGUGACAUUUUAAUAAAUAUCAUUGAUGAUA